UAAUAAAUAAGACAUUCAACAUAUUUUUCACUACUACUGGUAGUAGAGUGAUUAAAGUUUGAGUUCGGGUACAGUCUGUGCAUCCUAGUGAGCGAGUUGACUUUUCCUGCUCGCCACUUACCAGUAAUUUGCAAAUUAGAAGUUUUAGUCGGGAUUGUUCUCCCUUUCUGGUUCGCGAUGCCCCGUUUGGAGUUUGGGAACGGUCACUCUCAAAAUCCAAAGCAACUUUUUACAUGCAACUGCCUGCCUUGUUUACAUGAAAAUCAGCUGCUCUCUUCGCCCCGCCCCCCUCCAUAGAAAAAAAUCUCUCGGUACACAAGGAGACGCAACCGUCGUCUCUGUCUUUUAGUUAUGAGAUUUUUUAAACGUAUAUGCAUUCUUAAGUGCCAAAUGCAACAUUGCAAGAUUAUUUGACACUUUAUCAAUCUAUAAGAUACUAAAUGUCAAGCAAUCGUGGCAACAUUGCUACAACUUGCUCUCUUUUUGACAUGAAUGCACCAUUGAAAAUUGGUCGCUAAGAUAUUCUUAGUAUAUAGAUUUAAAUAUUACGCAUGACUGCUCAAUUUUGUUACCAAAAAUAAAUAAUUAUGAUUCAAAUUUGUAGUCUGAAUUCAUUUGCUUAUACAAUUUGGCUAAUUAUUUUUGUCAACCAUCCCCUUUCUCACAAUGGACAUUAACGGGAACAUAGAAGAGCUGGACAAGAUCGAUUCAAGUGUCACACUUCAUGUCAACCGAAAUUCAGGUGUGACCCCAAGUACCUCGUUUCCUAUUAUCCAACGACCCAGCGGAUUACUUCCCAGACAAAAUUCUGGGAUCAAUGCCAUCCUCGACACCGACUUGAUGAUGGUAGGCGGCGACCUUUCCAACAAGGAUGACGGAUCUUCGACACUGUUGCAAACUUCGGGAAAUGGUCAGAUUCGGAAUUCGUACGAGCAACCGUCAAUCACGUCCAGAGUACAUCCACACCAUCACCACCACCACGUACCCCUCCGACUCAGCAAAAUUCUUCACCAGUGCAUUCGUCAGGGAACUGUGGGUGGAAGGCCCCCCUCAGUCUUAAACAAGGGGUUCUUAGAAUCGGUAGGAGAACAAGUUCGAACCAUCAAGAGCAGGCCAUUCGCAAAUGAAUCCGAAUUUAGCUUGGAGCAACGCUUGCCAACGCCCAAAUUCAGCGAACCAUUCUCCCAAUCUGCAUAUACUAUUCACAGCAAUCUUGACGAAACUUGCAAUACGCGUGUGUCAUCACGAACACGGCCGGUAACAACUAAUGUGUCUAAUAGUAGCGUAAGUCAGGAUAGAUCGAAAUUAGAUACUUCAGUAAAAUCCACCUCCAAUGAGAUCGGAAUUAAUGGAAAGGAUGCUGCCAAUGUUAACAUCAACUUAACCUUAAAAUUGAGCCCACUGGACAGAAAUUCUUUCGUCGGGUAUGAUUUGAACAGUUCAAGUCACAGCCAUAGUUCUGCAUUUCCUGCUGAAGCCACAAAAUCAACUUCUGCUUCAAUCACAAAAGUUGAGAGUUCAAUGCAAACCGAAGCAGCUGAAUGCCAGAAAAAUGAGGACAAAGGAAUUAGUAGUCCUGACUGUGAUGGGAGUUCAAAGUCAUUGGAUUCUAUUUCUAUCGUUUUCGACCCUUCUGCAAUAAAUGUCGCAACAGAGAGCUCGGGAUGUGAGCAGGAAACAUUUGCAGAUGAUAAUUUGGAGAAAUUGGGACCCGACGUUAAAUCAGUGCUAUCUGCAGAACUCGUUACAUGCGAUGAACCAACGGAGCAUUGCUGUACGACGGAAACUAUUUGUACUUCCGAACCAAGUGCAAUGGGAAUCAACUCUAUCAAAGAGAUACCUAAAGAAGAAAAUGAAAUAUCCUCGGUACUCGAGUUAACGACUGAUGAGAAAACUGAAAAAAUUGGUCAGAUGGACACCACUGAAAUUGAGAGCAGCUUAGAUUACUCAGAGGACGCAGUGAGCAAAGAAGACUCGACGGAAUUUAUGUUGGCUACAAUUGCAAAUGCUUUAGAAAUAACGGGAGGCCGUAUGAAAACGGCCGCAUCGUCCACAUUGUCCCUCUUGGCGAAUCUUGUUUCGAUGGACGUUAACACGGAAUUUGACGAAGAAACAAUGAACGCACUCGAAAGUGACCUGCCAAUUAAGUUAAUGAGGAUUUUGGGUGUUCCUAAGAACCUGCGACAUACGAUCUACAGUGAAGCGUGUGGUGAGGUCGAAGUUUUACAAGAUCUCGGAACAGGAACUUACGGUGCCCUGACCACCGUGAUAAAAUGGAUUUGUGGUGGUAAAAAAGGCAGGGAAGAUUUUUUGUCUGUAAUGCGAACUCUUUCUUCCGUUCAUACUGAGGUUGACUUUGAUUCAGAAGUGUGGAAUGAGCUGAGCAAACAAGUUGAAUCAAUUACGGAAACAGUGGAUAACGUUAUUUUAGAUAAUGUGGAUGCUGCCGAAAUCUUGGGAGAUUCCCUUGUCGAUUUUGUGACUUCGGUGACCACACUGGAAAUGCCAUCAGAAUUGACUGAUAUGAAUGUUGAAUGCAAAAAUGAAAAUGAUACGAAGACGAACCAAGAAGAUUUCAUGACAUCGCAAUACAUUGAGGAUGGAAAGAGUGAUCAACAAACCAAUGGUCUCUUGACCACAGCCGAAAUAGUGGACAUUAACAAUAAUUACUUGGUGUAUUCAAACUCUCAACAAUUUGUCCCCUGCACAGAAGACAUUUCAAAUAACAACAGAGGCAAUUUUCAUGAGUAUCUAAAAAAUGUCAACGAUCCCAUUGUUAUCAAAAGUUCUGGAACGGAUGAAUCUCUUUUAUUACAACGUGCUGAACCUAUCGCCUACGAAAGCAGCAGUUUACUUCAAUACAAAAUAAAUCCAAAUGUAUUCAGGCAACAGCUCGACAAUACUCAGCGAGAUUUGCUUGGGAUUUCUGAGAAUAAACUUUCUACUGAAAUGAACAAUGUCGAAAGAAUAGGCGACGAUGUGCGUGUACUUAAUUCGGUGCCGUGUGAAGACGGGGAUGUCCAAGAGAAUUACAAAAUUGAAGGUCCCAUCGACAACGAUGACCUGCUGUUUCCUCACUUCUUAGACGAACAUAUUGCUGAAUCAGCAGAACCAGCCAGGGCCCCUCAAAAUCUGCAAAGCUUCUUUUCUAAUCGCACCGUGAAUACCACGAAGCAUCAGAGCAUCAAACCAAUGGAUGAACAACCCCGCUUCAUUAACCCAGUGAAUGACGAUUUGAAUCCUUCCGUUUCAUCGUCGUCAGUUGCAUUUAGGAACAAGCUUCCACAAGCACCACCAAACAGCGAAUUUUCCUUUGAUAGGAUGAAGCACGAUGACAAAGUAAUCAAGGAUAUGAGUAAAAUUUCAAAACUUGUACAUCAACUCUAUCAAGAUUUGAUCCCACCCGUUUCAAAGAAACUUUCGGUAACCAAAACUACAUCCAAACCAGAACCUUUGCCAAGUCGAAUCCCAGUUCCUCGUGCCACAUUAAAGCCGUUGGCAACUCCUCGAAUGAAAAUUUCACUAGUUGGACAACCAUCGCAAAACUGUAUACCAACAGCUAGUGUUUCAACGGUCUCACUGUACCACGCAUCCAGAGCCACGGAUUCUGAUAGGUCAUUCAUCCAGUCAAAUCCAUUGGCCAAACAAGAUGAUGAUCAAAAUGCAAAGCAAUACCAAAAUGUUAUUUCCACCUGCACCUACAAUUGUGAAGAUGAUGACGACCAAUUGUCCGUGGCACCAACGGUUGGGUCUUCUUCUCACCACAACUAUUCUAAAACGCGUGGUGGUCGCUCAUCCUUUCUUCAGCCUACGAUCAGCUCUAUCAAUAAAGCUAAGCUGAGAUUGAAUUCAAAAUUGUCAAUUGCUACAACAGGGUCCAGCACUUCUUUGACUAGAAAUAUUUCAACAACGUCAAAUGCAUGCAUUACUCAAAAUUGGGUGGCACAAAAAUUAUCCACUUCGAGCAUGGAAAGCAAUGCAACCUAUUCACUCGAUGAUAACAAACAGUCGUCGUCGGCAGUCCAAAUGGAAGAUUAUUGUCGCAAUAAACCUCAAGAUCAAAUCAGUUCCUACCAACAAAUGUACCAAAAGAAAAACAUUUCCAUUGCAAAACAGUGUAUGAAGUCAUUUAGUCAGAAGUCCAGCUCUUCGCCAGUAUCAACAUCUGCAAAGCCUCGUUUUGUCCAAUUCUAACAGUGUAUUCACAUCAUCGUAGGUGAUGUAUGCAACGAUUCAUCGUCAUCAAACUAAAUUGAGCGUAAAAAUAAAGUACUUUUUAAAAUACAUCAGCAA